GAAGUGAAAGUGAUCCCACUUACAUGCCGUGGAGGAGCCACGACGACGACGACCAGGAGACACGUUCAGAUGAAGGAGCUGCUCGGUGUUUGUGACAGUGGCCGACAUUUGUAAUCAGUGUGAGUGUUGAUUAAAGCCUCUGCUGCUGCUGCUGCUGCUGCUGCUGCCUCACAGGCCUGGACUCAUCACUUCCUGUAUCCAGUUUUUAUUCAAAAUUACAAAUCAUACAAGGUGAAGACAUGUUGAGGUGCAGUCCCUGGGCUCUCCUGCCUCCCAUCUACUCUGCAUGUACUGCUGCUGGACUGUGGGUGGUAUACAUUGUUGCUGUCAGCGAUGAGAAGAUUGCACCGCUGGGUUCAAAAUGGAGAAGAAAUGGAUCCUUCUAUCCUCCAUACAUCAGUAUUGCAGGAAACUUCCCUCCAGCCAGCUGCAUCUUCAGUGAGGUCAUGAACUUGUCUGCGUUCGUCGGGUUCAUUAUUGUGGUCCUCAGAUACCUUCAGCUCAGACCCAGACUAGACAGAGCUUGGCUGAACGUCGGGAGUCUGGUGGCUUUCUCUGCCGGCUGCUUCGGAAUGACACUCAUCGGAAACUUCCAGGUGUUCACCGACGAGAUGAUACACAACUGCGGCACCUUCAUGACGUUCGGGCUGGGGACGCUGUUCUGCUGGGUGCAGUCCUACAUCACCCUGAGGGUCAACAUCAGGAACGAGGGGAGGACGGCUGGUAUCGUCCGUUUCCUGCUGUCUGGAUCCAUCACGGUCUGCAUGAUCCUCUACUUCUCCCUGAUGGCUCAGGGCCUCCACACUCAGGCGGCUCAGUGUCAGUGGGCGCUGGUCAUGUUCUUCCUCCUCUUCAUCGGCACUUUUGCCAUCGAGUUUCGGCACAGCCGCUUCAGCGCAGUGUGCACAGACGACCCCGGGACUCCAGUGAACCUGAAAAACUCCGAGGUGUCCCGGCACCAGCCGGACGACAUGUAGAGCUUAUUUUUUUUUAUCUGAAAUGUAAAAGUUACUUAAAGCUACAACCAAAAAUCUGCUGUUUACAUACUUUGUUGUCCUUGUCUGGAAAGAAGGGUUUUUGUGUUACCAACUAAUCUUUACAUGUAAACUGGUAUAUUACUUUUUUCUGGGUCUUUUCAAAUGUACAUGCUUUCAGAUUGUACAAGUUUAUACAUGUUACAACUAUAAAGAUUUUCCUAAAAAUGCAGCUUUGCACAGUACACAAUCAGUAUCAAUUAAAAUACAGCAACAUUCAA